CAAAGUACAGAUUCCCAGGCGAGACGUCAACAACCUGUCAGUACUUGAGAACUGCUGGUAAAAGGUAGUUGAAGGGGCAUUUGAAGUGAAUGUGGUUUGGCUGAUUCAAUAUGAAAAACCCAUCUGAACGUACAUUGGUUGUCAUCGGCAACCCUAGAGCUAUAUCGUGGGCUGCCCUGGAAGGAGGUGAAGAGAAGCCCCUGGGGACCACUGGACUCUGGGGUACUACAGGCACCAUCUCAGGACGCUCCCUCUCUGUGGUAAACAUGCCUGGUGCAGUAACCACCACCCAGAGCCAGGGGGCGCUACAGGACUGGGCUAUGGAGUGUCUGUCCCUGUCUGAGUGUUCCAAGGGGGUCCACUCUUUUCUCCUGGUGGCUCCAUUGGGUCGUCUCACAGAGCAGGAGAGGAGAGGGGCUCAGUGCAUCCGAAGGAUGUUCGGAGAGAAGGCCCAUGGUUUCACUCAGGUCCUCUUCACCUACGAGCUGGAGCAGAAGGAUAGUCUCGAGGAUCUACUGAAGGAGAGAGAGGCCCAGAGGCUGGUUGAGGAGUGCGGGGGACGUUUUCACGUCUGCCCAAAGAGCAUUGGUGAAGAGCUGGAAGUCACAGGGUUACUGGAAAAGGUCGACUCCAUUUUGGAUCAGGGCACAGACCGCUGCUACACCGUGGAGAUGCACCAAGAAGCUCAACUGCUAUUGGUGGAGUUUAGGGAGCAACUUAAGGGCCUAUUGGAUGGCUUUAUCAGACUUAAGAAAAGGAUCAAUGAAAGGGAGAGAAUGCAAGUUAAUGUGGAGAAUUUGGAACACAGGAUAUUCAGAGAGAAGCUAGCGAGGCUUCAAGAUGAGCUCUUGUUGAAGCAGAUGGAGAAAGAAAGAGACCGUGGAAUGGAGGUAGAGGCACUAAGCUUUAUAUAUGAGUUGGAGAGGUUAGUUGACAAGCUUGCCCUGAAAAGAGUGAGAGCAGUCGAGGUGGACCAUAAGAGCAGAGAGGACGUGCAGAGACUUAGGGAGGAGUUGGGGAGGAUGGUGGGUAAAAUGGUUACCAAUCAGAAACAUAGACAGAUGUGUCAGGAGAAGGGAGAAGAAGAGUGGGAGCUUCAGAACCUCAGGGAACUGCUAAAAAGACUGAAAAACAACAUGAAAAAACAGAGAAGAGAGGGAACAGGAACGAGAAGGAAGGAAGGAAAUUAAUUUGUGAAGGGGACAGGAAAGAGGGAUGAGGAAGAGAGAGAGAUUCCAGAGGGAAGCACGGAGGGAGGGUUUGACAUGGGUCAACAGUUUAAGGGAAUGAUGCAGAAGUUGGGGAAUAUCGGGAAUAUCAGGAAAAAGGGGAGAGGAGCUUGGAGGAAAGGAACAUGUGAUUUAAAGGAAAUUAUCUAUAGAUUCUAACUAUUGGCUACAUUAAUUUAAUACAUCUUUUUUUAUGGAUGACAUUCUAUGAUGCAUUUUAAACAAAUCAAUGAAUGUUGAUGAUAUUGUGUGUGUCAGGUUGUUGCAUGAUUAACUGUUGAAUAUUUGUUACUAAUUCAUCAUAGCACAAGAGAAUAAACAAAUAACUUUACCACGUAUCAUUCAUGCAUUAAUCAUAUGCUUACCACGCUGAACUUAUGACAAAACAAUACUGCAUAUCCAUAAGAACUUAUAAAUAAAGAUGCAACAAAUCAUAGAAAUAAAAAUUGUAGCUACUCUCAGUGCUUGCCUUGCCCCUCUGACCUGUACAUUUUUAUUUUACCAUUAUUUAAAACUAGGCAAGUCAUUAAGUAAGAACUAGGCAAGUCAGCAAGAACAAAUUCUUAUUUACAAUGACGGCCUACACGGCCGGAUGUGACGCAGCCUUGAUUCGAACCAGGCACUGCAGUGACGCCUCUUGCACUGAGAUGCAGGGUCCUAGACCACCGCUUCACUCCAAUUAAAACUUGUUGUAUUAUUAAUGAAUAUGAUUUGUUUGUUUAGGAUUGAAUAGUUUGUACGUACGCUUGAUUGCAUAUGACUAUUCCUCUUUUGUUUGUUGAUAUUUGUUAAUAAAAAAAAGAAAAAGACCACCGCGCCACUCCGGAGCCUACAUACCGCACAUGCGCAGUGCACCGCCGGCCUCUGUAGCGAUGCAAAGAUGGCGUCCUCAGUGGCUGUCUGCACUGCACGUUUACUCAACUCUGUAGGAGUGUCUUCUGGCCAUCGUCGGGCUUGCUCGCUGCUUGCCUCGGCGAGACAUGGAGAAGCCUGUGUCACGGCGAUCUUGGGGACACAACGGUGCAGGAUAGGGGGUAACUUUGGCUGUUUGAGACCUGGAAAUGCAGUGACAUUGAGAAUCACAGGACUGAGGUCCCCCCAUGUCGUCAGCAGUAGUCACUCCUUCCACACUAGCUGCUCCUCCGCUAACAAACAGGACUUGUAUGAUGUUCUGGGGGUGCCUCGCACGGCCACUCAGAAAGAGAUCAAGAAAGCCUACUAUCAGAUGGCUAAGAAGUACCACCCAGACACCAACCAGGAUGACCCUCAGGCCAAGGAGAAGUUUGCCAAGCUGGCAGAAGCCUACGAGGUGCUGAGUGACGAGGUGAAGAGGAAGCAGUAUGACACGUACGGGGCGGCAGGCUUCGACCCCGGCCAGGCGGGAGGGGGGGCGGGGGGACAGCAGUACUGGAGGGCUGGGGGGGCCAGCGUCAACCCAGAGGAAAUGUUCAGGAAGAUCUUCGGGGAGUUCACAGGAGCACAGGCUUUUGGAGACUUCAACAGCAUGUUUGAACAGAGGCCAGAGUUUGUGAUGGAGCUGACGUUCACCCAGGCAGCUAAGGGAGUGAACAAGGAGAUGACAGUGAACCUGGACGAUGCGUGUCAGAGAUGUGACGGUAAAGGUAGCGAGCCAGGAACCAAGGUCCAGCACUGUCACUACUGUAACGGCACCGGCAUGGAGUCUAUAAACACUGGUCCCUUCAUGAUGCGCUCUACGUGUCGCCGCUGUGGUGGGCGGGGCUCCAUCAUGACCACGCCCUGUGUGAUGUGUCGCGGCUCGGGACAGACCAAACAGAGACAGACCGUCACUGUGCCUGUACCCGCAGGAGUAGACAAUGGACAGACUGUACGAAUGCCAGUGGGGAAGAAGGAAAUCCACAUCACAUUUAGAGUCCAGAGGAGUCCAGUGUUCAGACGUGAUGGUAUCAACAUCCACUCUGAUGUACACAUCUCUGUAGCCCAGGCUAUUCUGGGGGGCUCUGCUAGAGCACAGGGACUCUACAACACCAUAGAUAUACAGAUCCCUCCGGGUUGCCAGGCCGACCAGAAGAUCCGUCUUCAGGGAAAGGGGAUCCAGAGGAUGAACAGCUAUAGUUAUGGAGAUCACUACGUUCACAUCAAGAUCAGAGUACCUAAGAAGUUAACCCGUAGACAGCGCUCCCUGCUCCUGAGCUAUGCAGAGGAAGAGACUGACGUGGAGGGGACUGUCAACGGAGUCACUGCUACUACCACAGGUGGGGGCAGGAGUGGGCAGCACUCUGAGUUUGGGGCAGGACAGGACAGAACAGAGGGGCAGGAGAAGAAGAAAGAAGAAGAGGGCAUCCUUUCCAAAAUAAAGAAAAUGUUUAGCUGACAGCCACACCUCAGGUAAGAGGUCAACAGGACAAUAAUGGGAGAAGGUAAGCGACUGGCACUCCGUCCCGCUCACCACCCUCCCUCACCUACCGCCUGGAUAGAGGGAGAGAAAGAGGAAGGUAGAGAAAUUGAGAGGGGUUUGGAUUUGUUGUAAGAACAUCCAUUUCGACACGGAACGGGCCACCAAGAAAGCCCUGCCACACACGGUUCAGUCCCAAAUGACACAGGUGUUGGGUUGAGAAACUAAAACUUGUUUUACCUGGAGGGGAUUCAAAAUGGACAUCAGCAAGGAAUACAGAAGAUUUGCAAAGAGAAGCGAGGAGAAGAAGCGAAGACAAUAAUUUGAGCAAGCUUUUCAGAUACACAAAUUCUGCAGAUGAUCAGGACCUGUAUUCAGAGUAGGAGUGAUCUAGGAUCAGUUCCCCCUUUGUCCAUUAAUUGUAAUCUGAGGCAAAACUGAUCCCAGAUCAGCAUUCCUACUAUGAGACGCUUUAUGAAUAUGGGCCCUGAUCUUACAAUGGCUGGUCUGGAGAAGUGUCUUAGCACCUCAGGAACCACAUCCAUAAGAGUGUUUGUAUAAUCUGUGCAGAAUAUAUUUAGGACACACCCAUUGGCAUCAUGUUGUGGUCUGAUAAAGGCUGAUGCAUUUAGUUGUAUUGUCAUUGUGUAAGGGGCAACACAGCUGUGCAAGUCUUCGUUAAUAAAGUAUUGAAACUGAAA